AUGGCGGAUACCUCAGAUAACUUGCUUCACACUGAGCAUAAUAACCGCACCAUUCAGGUCACACAUCUGCCCAAUAAGACUAGAUUAAAAGAUGUACUGAAGUAUUUUGACACUGCCAUUAAUGCUAGAUUUCCCACAAAGGUGAUUACUGGAAAUCGAAGAUAUGUCUUUCUCGAAUUUGCUUCUGCAGACGCUGCUGAAGAGGCCCUUGCGAAGGCUAAAACGGUUUUAUUUAAAGGGAAACUACCCCGUUGCGAGUUGAUAUCCCACAAAACUGAAUCAGGAAAAGUGAAAAAUCCCUGCCUUUAUCAGUCGAAGGACUUCUACUCUCAGCGCCUUAACAUAUCUUGCCUCCAUCGCAACGCCAAAGAAUCUGAGAUUCGUGCCCUUUUCCCAAACUUGAAAAGUCUCAUUUUUCCGAAUCAAGGACCUGGAAAGGCCCUUGGCUCUGCACGCAUAACUUUCUCCAACCAAGCUGACGCUUUGAGUGCCUUUGAAUCUCAACACGGAACUGUCCUUCACGGAUCUCCAUUAAUUGUGAACUUCUGCCUUAAGAGGAAAUCGGGAAUCUCUCAAGUGGCUAGAAUGAAGAAGUUAAGCGCGAAUGGAAAAGUGGAGGAAGAAUUCAAGGUGCUUAAAGAUAAGAAGAAAGCGAAAAAAACCUUUAAUAGAAUGAAACGAACUGAUUCGAAAAAGAUUAAGUAG